GGGAUCCCGCGCGGCCACCGCCUCCCGCGCACACACGGCCAUGGCGGAGGCCUCUUCGCUGGGGAGGCAGAGUCCUUGCGUGGCCUCCUGCCUCACACACAGCCUGUGUCCCCGGGAACCUGGCUUACAGACCACGGCAGUGGUGUCGAUGGGCUCUGCGGACCAUCAGUUCAACCUUGCGGAGAUCUUGUCACAGAAUUACAGCCUCCAGGAAGGCUGUGCAGAGGCUGUGCGGUGCCCCAACAAGCCGGAGGAGGAGCUGGACAAGGACUUUAUCUCCCAGAGCAGUGACAUGCCCUUGGAUGAGCUGCUUGCACUCUACGGUUACGAGGCAUCAGAUCCCAUCUCGGAGCAGGAAAGUGAGGGAGGUGACACAGCCUCCCACCUCCCAGAUAUGACCCUGGAUAAGGAGCAGAUAGCGAAGGACUUGCUUUCAGGGGAAGAGGAGGAAGAGACGCAGUCCUCGGCAGACGACCUCACCCCAUCUGUCACCUCCCAUGAGGCCUCCAACCUCUUCCCUAACCAGAGUGGGACCCGGUUCCUGGCUGGUGACAAGGACUCCAGUUCUUCUACUUCCUCUGACACUGAGGAGGACACCCUUCCUGUCAACAAGUGUAAGAAGGAGAUCAUGGUUGGGCCUCAGUUCCAAGCUGACCUCAGUAGCCUGCAUCUGAACCGGCAUUGUGAGAAGAUCUAUGAGAACGAAGACCAGCUGCUCUGGGACCCCAAUGUCCUUCCUGAGCGGGAGGUGGAGGAGUUCCUGUACAGGGCAGUGAAGCGGAGGUGGCAUGAGACAGCCGGCUCCCAGCUCCCGGACGGCGAGGCAGUGAAGGACAGUGAACAGGCACUAUAUGAGCUGGUGAAAUGUAAUUUCAAUGUGGAGGAAGCCCUGCGCAGACUGAGGUUCAACGUCAAGGUGAUCCGAGACGGGCUGUGUGCCUGGAGUGAAGAGGAGUGCAGGAACUUUGAGCAUGGCUUCCGUGUUCACGGGAAGAACUUCCACCUGAUCCAGGCCAACAAGGUGCGCACGCGGUCAGUGGGCGAGUGUGUGGAGUACUACUACUUGUGGAAGAAGUCGGAGCGCUUUGACUACUUCGCCCAGCAGACGCGGCUUGGCCGGAGGAAACUUGUCCCAUCGGGAACCACGGAUGCUGACCAGGACUUGGAUAGCCUGGACCCUGCAGAUGGCCCUGCACAGCCACGUCCUGAGCAGGAGGAGCCCCUGGUGGAGGCUCUCACAGAGCCGCUGAGUGUGGCUAGCACGGCCGGUGGAUUCAGUCAGCCUGGCGUGGGCGCAGAUGGCCUCCUGUCCUCGGACCCCGGACCCUGUCCCUUCCAGCAGCUGGGCGAGCCCCCUGCUGUAUCACUGCCCCAGCAGCCCUGUUCCCCAGCCUCCUCUGCUGAGUUCCCAUCAGCCACAGUUGCUCCGGAGCCAGGUGUCAGCCCAAGGCUGGCUGUGGACUUGGCCUUGCCUGAGGAGCUGCCCCUUGUGUCCAGCCAUGUGGGUCUGAGUGGGAACCCUGUAGAUCCCAUGGCUCCUGCACAGAUGGCCUUGUCAGUCACUGAGUUUGGACUCAUCGGCAUUGGGGAUGUGAAUCCCUUCCUGACUGGCCACCCAGUGUGCCCGGCCUCCACACUGCGCUCGGAGCCCUUGUCACAGUGCAACGUGAUGACGUGUUGAUCCCUGGUUGUGGCGAGUGUGUGGCUUGGACUGGACAUGGCACCUCUAGGCCUGCCCAUCAGUCUUCCUGACCCUUUCCCACUUGGGCCUUGGUGACGCCGUCUCUGCUUCUGAACAUGAUGGGACAUGGUGAGGUGGCCAGGCCAUUGCUAAGCCUUCACAGACUGGACCCAGGGCCACACAGACCCCAGUCCUCAAGACCCAGUACCGCCACAGGCCUUGGCUGUCACUGUGCCAUGAGCGUCUGCCUGGCAGCUGGGCUCAAAGAAGUUCCAUCCCUCCAGAUGUGGUGUGAGGCAGGCGGUGCUGCCUCGGUCUUCAUGCAGGACUCAGUGCCCGCACCAGCAGCCUCUCCCUGGGUGCCAUCUGCAGGCCAGCUCUUCUCCUGCCCCACAAGGCUGCUGCACCAGCCUCUGCUCAGUGCGGGAAUGGGGCACAGAGCCAUAUACCUCGCCGUCUGGCCGUUGUCCUCGGCCCUCGGCCUUCCCACCUCCACUUCAGGAAAAGCGCACUUUACCCCCACCCGCCUCCUGCCACCCUCAUCCUCAACCCCUCACUCUGAGGCCUUCAGUGGGGCCUCAGCAACCCAGGCGUGUGAGAGCAGGUGGCCCACCUUCUGCCCCUAUGCCCCAUGGUUCUUUCAUUUUUGUGGAGGCUCCCAGAAGGUUCGCUGGGGUCCCCUUGUCUUCUUGGCCUCCCUCAUUUUAUUUAUGUUGGUGUUUACAAGUUGGGUGGGUCCCUGGGCAGGCAGCUCCGCCCGGUGCUGGCAGAGUCUGCGCUGGACUUGACCAGCCCUCGCCCCACCGAGGACACUGUGAAGGGAGACUGCCUUUGCCCUUGCUGUUUUAUUUAUUAAACUUGAUUUGAAGCCCA